CUCUCUCUCUCCUUCUGGAACUCCUAUGAUACAAAUGUUACUACAUUUAAUGGAGUAAUGGAGUUCCCUAAGUCUAUUCUUGUGAUCCAUAAUUCUUUCUCUCUUUUGUUAAGCUUCAUUAUGUUCCGUUAUUCUGUCUUCUAUAUCACUUAUUCAUUCCUCUGCUUCUAUUCUUGUGGAUUAGUAUUAUCCAGUCUGUUUCAAAUUUCAGUUAUUGCCGUUUUCACUUCUGAUUGUUUUUUUAAUUCUUUUAUCUUAGCAGCCAGGGUCACUGUGAUGUCUUCUAUGCUUUUCUCAAGCCAGUGAAUGUCCUUACGAUCAUUGCUUUAAGGUCUCCAUCAGGCAUACUACUUAUGUCUGUUUUGAUUAGAUCUCUGACCAUGCGAUCUUUUCUUGUUCUUUCCUUUGGUAUGAUUUCCUCCAUCUUGGCAUUUUGUCUAAGUCUCGGUCUUCUCUGUGUUGGAAAAGCCUGUUGUUUUUCCUGCUCAUGAGAGUAAUGGCUUUAUGGGGGAGAGGUCAUUUAGUGUGCAGGGCCUGGCGCUUCAGGGAAUGUUUCUGGUGUGUGCUGCCUGCAUACUGCUGCUGUGUUUUGGCUGCUCUAUCCUUCAGGCCAGUGGUCUACAGAGGCUCUCCUUGCUUGCAGUGGGCAGUUUUUGGACCUUGGCCAGAGUGUGGUAAGUUUUAACUAGGUGUGUUCUGAUCUGUUUAUUGAAUCAGACCUGAUACUACUUCCACAAGUACUGAAGCCUUGCAGAACUCUCUGGUUGGUAGACCUCAUAUGUGUGGGGUUUGUGCUGAUCUUUGGGGAAUGGGCCCACUCUGCUGGUACCGGGCGGGUGUUGGUGUAAGCAGGUUAGGCAGCCAGUGUUGGUGCUGUGCUGUUUACUAUAGGUGGUUCUGUGCUUAUGCUAAGUGGGGGGAGGGAAAGGGAAAUGGUACCAGCCAGCUCCUUUGUCCCUGGAGACCCCUCUCCUGCGCUUGCUGUGCUCUCAGGGAAGCACUCUGAAGGACAAACAAUUUCCCCUUGUUUUUCCCAGGUGUUUUUCAUGCUGUCUGCCUCGGGUUGCUUGCCUGCCUAGACAAGCGCAGUGCACUUUGGGCUCUAUCCCAGCCAAGCCUGCUGACUUUUGAAACAUCAGACUUCAAGGAUGUGCUGUGGCAGUGGCCUGUGCUGGUCUUUUGAGGUAGAGUUUCACUGUGCUGGGAUAGGUACAGGUUUGACUUAGAAGGGCAGUUGUGCACAGAGCACAGGGAUAUGGGAUUAGGAGCAAAGCAGGCUAAACAGCCAGUGUCCGAUUUAGCUGCCCUUAACAGGUGUCUCUGUGCCUAUAUGAGGGGCAGGGGAAGGAAAUGGCACCGGCCAGCUGUUUUGUCCCCAGAGAGGCAUCUCUCUGAAUGCCCCCUCCCACAGAUGCACUCCUAGAAGAACGAAUAGUUUCUUCCCCUGUGCGUUAAGUGAUCUGUAGAUCAUGUCUUCUACCCUGGGGUUGUUUGCCUUCUUUCCAGGUUUAUGGCAGUGCAUUCAGGGGUCUCUCCCAGCCAAGCCUGCAGACCUUUAAAACUCUGGUCUUUGAGCCCUGCUAACUUGCAAAACUCAUGAAAAUCAGCCCCUCUCAUUUUCUCAGCCAGUGGCUCCAGUGUUCUCCUUGUGUGUAUCCCUGUAUGCUCCACCCUCUCUUGCCUUGCUCCAGGACCAGGACUCCCUUCUCUCUGUAGCACCAGUGAUUGCUUUCUCCCCCAAACCAUGUUUCUGUACUUCCUAUCUUUCUUCCUUCCUCGAUGUGGCCUCAUUUCUCCCUCUAUUGUGCAGUUUGUUCUGUCAGUCCUCAGGUCUAUUUCUUGGGUAUUCGGAAUGAUUUGAUAGUUAUCUAGUUGUAUUCGAGGGACGAGACAAGCUUAAGGUCCUCCUACUAUGCUGUCAUCUUAGCUCCCCCACUAGCUAUGUUCUCUUUAAAUGCAAAAGGAACAUUUACAAAAAAUUUCAUAUGCUAGGCCAUGAAAUAAGUCAACGUAAAUUUCAAAGGAUUCAAAUCACACAGGGUAUAUUUUCUGAACAUAGCAGAAUUAAAUUUAAAAUUAACAAAAACAUAUCUGGAAAAUCAGCAAAUAUUUAGAGAUUACUUCUAGACAACUCAGGUCAAAAAGAAACUAACAGGUGAAAUUUGAAGAUGUUUUGAACCUAAUUAAAAUGAAAACACAUCAGAAUUUAUAAAAUUAAAGUAGUGGUUAGAAGAAAUACUCUAGUCUUAAAUGCUUAUGUUAGAAAAGAACAAGGUUUAAAAACAGUGAUCCAACCUUUCAACUUAAACUAUAGAAAGAACAAAGUAAAACUCAAAAGGAAGGAAACAAUAGGGAAUAGAAAUCAAGGAAACAGAAAAUAGACAAAGGGGGAAAAAUUAUACCAAUGGCUCAUUCUUCUAAGAGAUCUAAGAAUUGGUAAACUCUUAUCUAGACUGAUGAAAAAAAAGAAUACAAAUUAACAAUACUGGGAAUGAAAGAAGGGACAUCUCUACAGAGCCUACAGAUAGUAAGAAGCUAUUAAAGGAUUAUUAUGAACAACAUUACACCAAUAAAUUUGACAACUUGGUUGAAAUUCUCAAAUCUCUUGAAACAAAUUACAAAACAGACACAAGAGAAAGAAUCUCUGACUAGCCCUAUAUGUUUAACAUUUUUUAUAUUUGUAACUAAAAAUCUUAUUGCCAAGAAGACCCUAGAGUUAAAUGACUUCAGUGGUAAAAUCCAUGACACAUUUAAGAAAGAAAUAAUCCCAUCUCAUACAAGCUGAGAAAAUAGAGGAAGAGAUAAUACUUAUAGUUCAUUUUAAGAAACAUGCAAACCUUAUCAAAAUCAGACAUUAAUAUUGUUUGGAAAAAAAAUAGUAUUCCUCAUGAACAUAGAUGUAAGAUUCUCAACAAAAAAUUAGGCUAUGAAAUCCAACAAUAUCUUAAACUAUAAUAUGACUAGAUAGGAUUUAUCCCAAGAAUGCAAAGUUGGUUUAAUAUUUAAGUAUCAAUCAGUGUAAUUCAUCGUAGGAUCAUCUUAAUAGAUGAAGAAAAUCAUUUGGUUACAUUCAGUACCCAUUCAUGAUUUAAGGAAAACCCACAAAAUUCAGUGCAUUAGGAACAGAUGCAAACUUUCUCAACCCAAGGAAAUUAAGUAUUAUGCACUACAGGAGGAAACAAGCUAUUAAGUUAAGAACUAUUUCUGUAUCUGAUAAAGGUGUUCAUUGGAUGAGAUAAAUAAGAUGUGAUCACAAGAUGAUACAAAUAUACAGAAACAUUUAAAGAUGAUACAAAUAUACAGAAACAUUUAAAGGAAUUUACAGAGAAUUAUAAUUCAUGAGUGAAUUUAACAAUUUCUCAGGGCAAAUGGUCAGUAUUCAAAAAUCACUAACAAAUGGAAGGGGAAAUUUUAAAGUGCAUUUUCAAUAAUAUAAAAAUACAAUUCUUAUGGAUAAAUUUAAUGGGAGAUAUACAAUAUCUGUACACUGCAAACUGUAAAACUUGCUGAGGGAAAGGAAUCCAAAUAAAUGAACCAACUUUAAGUAUUAGAAGACUUAAAAUUAAGAGAUAAAUUCUCUCCAAGUUAAGCAGUAGAGUUAAUGCAAUACAAAUGAAAAUACCAGGAGGUGUUUUUGUAAAAAUUUACAAACUUAUGUGGAAAUGCAAAGUACCCAAAAAAGCCAAACUGUCUUGAAAAAGAGCAAUGUUGGAGAACUUGCACUGCCUAAUUUGAAGACUUAACUAUAUAGCUAUAGUAAAAUUCAAGCAGUAUGAUAUUCUUAUGCAUCUUGAGAAUGAAAUUUAGACUUCAUGGUUCUUUGCGUUAGCCAGCAUUUUAAAGUUACUUCAAUAGCAAGUGUUUUUUAAACUUAAAUCUGUACUGGAUAAUAUAGGAGGAGACAAGCGAAAUUAGGUGCAGGACCUUUUAAGUAUUUGAUAUAUAUUGGAUAAGAUAAAUAUGUUUUUACAGAAUGAGAUUUAUCUCCAUAAAUGUCAUUCACAAUAAAUAAGUGUAUCUUUAAUGUGUUAUGCUAGGUAGUUUUUCCCUUCUGUAUUUUUGUUUUCAUAUUUUCCCUAAUGACUACAUAUUAAAUUUAUAAUAGAGCUAAUAAACUCGCUUUUAAAUUGAGGCUUUUAGAACAUAAGAUUCGUUUUACAACCAGGUACUGUAGGAGUUCGAGACAACUGAAUUUUGUUGAAUGGACAGGAUUUGAGUGUGAGAAAGUGAGAGGACAUUACACAUGGAGGAAACCUCAUUUAUUCAGCACCUGAAUCUACAUGCAGUUAUAGCAGUGAAUAAAACAGAAAUCUAAGCCCUCAUGGACCUUAUGUUCUAGUCAGGAGAGGCAGAUAAUAAACAUAAAUAAUAAAAAUAUAUACUAUCUUACAGAGUGAUAAAUGCCAAAAAGUAAAAUAAAACAGGAAAGGGACAUAGGGAGCAAAGGGUAGAGGACUACAAUUACAAAUAAGGGUCCCCAGCAAAGAUCUCUAUUGAGAAGCAGACAGUUUAUUAUAAAUUAGAGGGCAUGAGGGUAUUUAGGAGGAAAGUAUUUCAGAUAGAGGAAACAAGUAAAAUAUAUGAGGCCAGCACAUGUGAGCUGUAUUAGAAGAAAAACAGGGAGACUGGUAUGGCUGGAGUAGAUAGAAUAAGUUAAUAAAGGAAAAUUUGGCAGGGGGAGACAAAUGAUAGAGCCUUGUAGGCAAUUUUAAGAAUAUUACCUUUUAUUUGAAAUGAUAGGGAAAGACACUGCUGAGAUUUUUGAGCAAAGGAGUGACAUGUCCUGAUUUAGGUUUUAAUGAUAUUAUUCUGUGGAUGGUUUCAAGGAUAAAUGAAGGGAUGUGAGAGAAGUAAAGAGACCAGUUAGGGGCUCAUUGCAGUAAUUCAGGCAUGAAUAAUGGUGGCUUAAAUCAAGUUGGUAACAUUGGAGGUGAUAAGAAAUAGAUUGGUAUAAAUCUUAAAGGAAACAAGGUUUGCUGGCAGAUCAGAUAUGGAGGAGCAGUGUGAAACAAAAAGAGUUGAGAAUGACCCAGAGUUUUUGGCUGAACAACUAGAAGGAUUGAAAUGCCGUUAUCUAAGAUUGGGGAAAAUGUAAGAAGAAUAUAUUUGGAGGAGAUUAAUAAUUUAGUUUUAGACAGGUUUGAUUUAAGAUGCAUGUUAGAUAUCCCAAGUAUAGUUAGGAUGCGAUUGGAUUUUAAGUUUAGAGUUCAAGAGAAAGAGGUCCAGUCUGGAGAUAAUAACUUGAGGCUUGCCAGUAUAUGGAUGUAUUUAAAGCCAUGAGAUUGGAUGAGAUCACUAUGGAGUCAAGAUAUGAAAGAAGAGACCUAAGGACUGAGGCCUGAGUCAUUACCUUAUUGAGAUGGGGGGUGGGGUGCCUGGGUUGGUUAAGCAUCUGACUUUAGCUCAGGUAAUGAUCUGUUCAUGAGUUCAAGUCCUGUGCUGGGCUCUGUGCUGUCACCUAGGAGCCUGGAGCCUGCUUUGGAUUCUGUGUCUCCCUCUCUCUGCCCCUUUCCUGCUCACACUCUGUCUCUGUCUCUCUCUCAAAAGUAAAGUAAACAUUAAAAAAAAAAAAGACAUGGGGGAGAUGAGAAGGAAACAGCAGGAGACUAAAAAGAAGUAGCCAGUGAGGGUCAAGAAUUUGCUCCAAAAAGUGUGGCAAUAAUUGGUCACUCAAUGGGUGGCCUUGUUGCAAGAGCAUUGCUUACAUUGAAAAAUUUUAAACAAGAUCUGAUAAAUCUUCUUAUUACACAAGCUACACCUCAUGUUGCUCCUGUGUUGCCAUUGGAUCGUUUCAUAACAGAUUUUUAUAUGACUGUAAACAACUAUUGGAUUCUAAAUGCUAGACACAUAAAUUUAACCACGCUUUCUGUAGCUGGAGGAUUCCGGGAUUACCAAGUUCGUUCAGGACUGACUUUUCUUCCAAAAUUAAGCCAUCAUACCAGUGCCUUAUCUGUUGUGAGUUCAGCAGUGCCUAAGACCUGGGUCUCAACAGACCACCUCUCCAUUGUGUGGUGUAAGCAAUUGCAAUUGACUACAAUUCGAGCAUUCUUUGAUCUUAUUGAUGCUGAUACUAAACAAAUAACUCAAAAUCCCAAGAAGAAAUUGUCAGUUUUGAAUCACCACUUUAUAAGACAUCCAGCAAAACACUUUGAGGAAAAUCCAGCAAUAAUUUCUGACUUAACAGGGACAUCUAUGUGGGUUCCAGUAAAAGUGUCCAAAUGGACCUAUGUGGCUUAUAAUGAAUCUGAUAAGAUAUAUUUUACGUUUCCUCUUGCAAAUCAUAGAAAAAUCUACACUCAUGUAUAUUGUCAGAGCACCAUGCUGGAUACAAAUAGUUGGAUAUUUGGCUGCAUAAACAGCACUUCUAUGUGCCGGCAAGGGAUUGAUUUAUCAUGGAAAGCUGAACUGCUGCCAACAAUUAAGUCUCUGACAUUAAGACUUCAAGACUAUCCUUCUUUGUCUCAUCUUGUGGUUUAUGUACCAUCUAUUCAUGGAAGUAAGUUUGUUGUCGAUUGUGAAUUCUUUAAAAAAGAGAUGAGAACCAUUCAGCUUCCUGUAACUCAUCUUUUUUCCUUUGGACUCUCUUCAAGGAAAGUGUUAUUAAAUACAAGUGGCCUGUUUUAUAAUAUAGAACUUCUAAACUUUGGACAGAUAUACCAAGCUUUUACAAUCAACGUAGUGAGCAAGUGCUCAGGAGUAAAAGAAGAAAUAACUAGUAUCUAUAAACUUCAUAUUCCUUGGUCUUAUGAGGAUUCACUAACUAUUGCACAGGUACCAUCUUCCACAGAAAUUUCUCUGAAACUCCAUAUUGCGCAACCAGACAAUGAGAGCCAGGUAGCAUUAUUAAAAAUGUACACAUCUUCAGACUGUGAGUAUGAAGUGACAGUUAAGACUUCCUUUUCACAAAUUCUUGGACAGGUAGUUAGAUUUCAUGGUGGAGCUCUUCCUGCUUAUGUUACAUCUAGUAUCCUUCUUGCUUAUGGAGGACAGUUGUACUCUCUUUUCUCAACAGGUCAUUGCUUAGAAUAUGCUACUAUGUUGGAUAAACAAGCCAAGCCAUAUAAAGUUGAUCCUUUUGUACUUAUGAUUAAGUUUCUGUUGGGAUAUAAAUGGUUUAAGGAAUUAUGGGAUGUGUUAUUGUUGCCAGAAUUAGAUGCCAUCAUUUUAACUAGUCAGAGUAUGUGUUUCCCCCUUGUAUCCUUGAUUCUCUUUCUGUUUGGAACAUGUACUGCCUACUGGGGUGGUCUACUUUCUUCUACAUCUGUGAGACUCCUUUCUUCAUUGUGGCUAGCUUUGAAAAGGCCCCCUGAACUUCCUAAAGAUAUCAAGAUGAUAUCACUAGACUUGCCCUUUUUGACCAUUGUUUUGAUCAUAGUUAGUUGGACAACUUGUGGAGCAUUUGCCAUACUUCUUACUUAUCUGUAUUAUGUGUUUAAGAUUGUUCAUCUGCAAGCCAGCCUAGCAACUUUUAAAAAUAGCCAGACUGUGAAUCUCAAACACUCUAGAAGAAAUGAAAAAAAAUCAAAUCACCAUAAAGACUCUACAGUACACUAUCUUCAUUUAUCUGCCAAUGAUGCUGAAGAUAGUCUUCGUAUGCACAAUACUGUGAUUAACUUAUUAACAUGGAUUGUAUUACUCAGCAUGCCAUCUUUAAUUUACUGGUUAAAGAAUCUCAGGUAUUACUUUAAACUUAGUCCUGAUCCGUGUAAACCUUUGGCAUUUAUCCUUAUUCCAACUAUGGCAAUUCUUGGAAAUACUCACACCGUUUCAAUAAAAUCCAGUAAAUUGUUGAAGACUACUUCACAAUUUCCACUUCCUCUGGCUGUUGGUGUAAUUGCUUUUGGGUCAGCACACUUAUACAGGGUUCCAUGCUUUGUUUUCAUUCCUCUUUUACUCCAUGCGUUAUGUAAUUUUAUGUAAGACUGGAUUUAAGGAAUGAUAAAAAUAAUUUAUAUCAUUAGAGUCAGUGUUAAGAGGGAAUGCACACAUCCAUGAAUGUGGAUGACAAGAUCCUUUGGAGAAGACAAGUCUAUUUUUACAAUAUUGAAAAUAGGAAAUUAGUUUUAUAAUGCUUGAGGAAAAUAGUUGAAGCAUGGUUUAGUUUUGUGGUAUGGCAUCUAAGUACUAGUCAUUUUUGAAAAAUUAGUAAAAGGAUAUGGUGGCCACUGUUUUUGAGGACUUCUCUGCAUAGCAGCUAUUCUGCUUGAUUGGCCAUACUGGGGAUCUUCUAAACACUGAGUAAAUGUAGCAUUGCUUGUAAUCUCAACUCAAGCAUUCUGCUCAUUUCAUCAAACUUUCUUCUGAAAAGUAGAUUGCUUUGUAUUUGCUACAGUAUGCAUAUUGAGAAAUCAGUCUUAAAAGAUUGGUGAAAUUCACAACUGUUUGGUUUCCCAAAAAUGAAAUAACCACAAAAAGUCUUUGGUCAGUUUUUGGCAGCCACAGUGAUCAAGGCAUAUCUUUUGUUUUCUUACAUCUAUGAAAAUACAACUUUUAAUUUUAAGGAGACAUGUUUUCUUGGUAACCAAUGCAAGAUUAAUUAACAUAAUUUAAACUCAAAAUUCAAUGAAAUUUUCUUGCUUUUCAAAUGCAGAUCUUAUUUUGUACUCUUGGUAAACAUCAGGAGACUAUUAAAGAAAUCUGUUGUUAAAUUUAAAGAGAAUUCUCCCAAAUAUUUACUUACUAGCAUUGGAGCAGUACAGUUGUCCAGCAUAUGCCAUUUUAUUUAAUUCAUUGACCCCAUGGUUGCCAAAAGUGCCUCAGAUCAUGGUGGAUUGUUAACAUAACUAAAUUCCAGUGGUCAGAAAAAACUCCAGGUUUGCACAAGUUUUGUCUACUGUAGAGAAAAAGCACGAUUAAGUGCUGUACCACAUUUGAUAAAUAAAAUUAUACUGUUAACGGAAUAACCACUACUCCAUUAAUAGUGUAAUGUAUAAACAAUAUACUUAAAUAGAUUGGAGGUUUUAGCCACUAGUUUUAACAAUGGAAUCUUAAUUUGCCAAGAUGAUUACUGUUUCACAGAAAAGAAAGUAAUAUUUCUUUCAUUUCAGACUUCAGCUCACUUUUAACUACAAAAGAGUAGGUAAUAGAGCUAAGUAUUUUGCCUUAAGAUAGAAUAAACUCAGGCUGAGGUGUACUUGGCUCAUGGAGCUUUUCCUUUAGAUGUAUAUGCUCUACAUACCCAAAACCUUUUUAAGUAAAGCCCUUAACUCCCAGUAGUACCUGCGAACUUGUGUCUUUGUUAGUACCCAGGAAUGUCCUAGAGUACCAGAUUCUUUUUAUCGGCUGUUGCAUCUGGAUUCCAUUACAGUCUCUCAGCUGUUACUGCCUGUGGAGGGUUACCUCACUUCUCUUCUCAGUUAUUCCUCAGGUCCUUGCUGUUUUGGCAUCAUUUGAGGGUUUCAGUGUCAUCUGUGAGGGUUUGUAAAUUUGUUUGAUUCCGUUGUUUCUCCCAGCCUCAUGCCUGUUGUUCAGUAUUUAUAUUUUCACUUAUGAAGAUCAUUAAAAGGAAGUGAUAAUCUCAUAGUAAGACAUGGCAAAUAUUUCAGGUUCUUGUUGAUUUGAGAGAGGUAGCAAAGGGAUAAAAUGCAAAAUGCUUGUUUGUUCAGUACCUGAAAGGAAAGAUGUCCCAUGGCAUACCACAUGUAUAUUUAAAUAAGGACACAUGUGCCUAUGUUUAUCUAUUCAUAUACCCAUAAGUUUAUGUACAUUGUAUCUUUGUUUUUUUCACUGAUAUAUUUCAAGUUAUAGGUUAAUUGUGUCAUUUAACUAUUUCUGAAUUUAAACAUAUUUAUAUACAGAAAGAACUUUAGAAAAUUCAUUAAUUUGGAUCUUCUAUUGACAGCCAUAAUCAUGGUGUUUACAUGAUAUAAAGUCUUCUUGUUCAGUCAGGACCGUUCAUGACUAAAAUAUAACAAGCUUAAAUUUCUCAUUUGUGAGUAGGAGAUUAGCUUUUUAAAGCAGCAGACUAGGCAUAUUGUAUCUCACUAGACAAUUUCCAUGUAAGUGUAGUUAUCAAGUCCUAAAGUCUUAUUUAUUCUAACAGAAUAUUUCAUUUUAGGGCUAUAAAAAGGAUUCUAAUUAAACAUUUUAUAAACAACAGGUUGGGUCUUUAGCCAUUAUGGGUACAUAUAUAUACAGAUACACACACGCAUGCGCGCGCGCACACACACACACACACACACACACACACACAUUUUGACAGAGUCUUUAUCAAAUCCUGAUGCACUUUAAACCCAAAUAACUACCAGAGAUGAGAAGGUAGGCUCUGUCUGAAGAUUAGGGAAAUUGAUGUUUCUGUCACUUGAGAACAUGAAGGUCCUUUUGCCUCUCAAUUAUACAUUGCUCCUAUCAUGCUUGCAGCUUAUUUUAUUAGCUAGUAAAACAGCACAGCUUUAUUAGCACUGUUACUAAAAAUGAAGCUGUUUAUUGGCAGUUACAGUGUGUCCAAUUCGGCAAACUUCUGAGCUCUAGUACUAUAACAUUUUUAUUUAGAAUUUGAGUUUUGAGUAAGUUUUGUGCUUAUAAAAAUUACUCUUGGACCCUAUCAUUGAUAACUGCAUCAAACAUAUAGACUGAAUAGUAAAAAUACUGAGUAAUUUCAGUGUUUCUAAAGCCUCAGUUGGAGUUACUAUUAUAACUUGGAACUGAUAAUACAAUAGAAAACUUUAACCUCUUUUUUCUGGAUCUUUUGCCAGAAAUUAAACAGGUUCUGCUAACUCUUCUUGGUUGUCACCAGAAUGAAAAUAUUUAGAACAGUGGUCCUAAAAAACCAUGUGUGCCUCAUUCACAUUGAUUUUGAGUCUCUUCAGUAUAUAUAGAUCAUGUAUUGAUUAGUCGUUAAUUUUUUUUUUUUUCAUAUUUCGGUCAGAUAAAUUCACAUGUAUAUAAUGGAAUACCUUUUCUUGAUUGAACUACACUACAAUCUACAUGAUUAUACAGUAAAGAAAAAUAAAGAACUAUAUACUAGGACCAGUAAAUUUGUUUGUUGUUGAUUUUCCUAUCACUUGUACAGAUGGUACACGUUUCCACCACACACACACACACACACAUACUUAAUAAAGGCAGAUUAUCUAAUUUGUUCAUUCUCUAGUUUUACACUUUUCUUAAUGCUUCAGACUUGUCAUUCAUAACACAGUAUAUUUAUAUCACCUCACUGCUCAUUAGCACCUCUUACACUAGUGGCCAGGGGAAAUAAAAGGAGAUAAAACUGAUUUUCAGUUUAGUUCUAGAAAGCUGUAGGGAAAAUGGGAGGAAUUGAUUCCUGAAUCCCAGGAUAAUUAAUUUGACCUGUAUUUUCAUCUUGGGCAUUAGGUCUGAGUGUAACAGCUUGCUUAUUAGGAGGUUUAGUGCAAAACUUUACAUUGCUGCAUUUGCAAUUUUAGUAACCUAUUAUUAAAAUCAGUUGGGAAAAAAAUUUUUAGUAUGUUGCAACUUUUCAUGAUGAGGCAUCUGUUGAUUAUUUUUCAUCAUUUUUUUUUCAGUGUUACUAUCCUAGGAAACUAGAUACCUUGUGCAGUUUUUCAGGGGGAAGUCAAUUCGGAGAGCAUGACACACUUCAGGAAGUAAUAAAAGUAUCUUUGUGUUAUGCAGGGCGCCUCUCGGUCUCAGAUAGUGGAGCGUGCAACUCUUGAUCUCAGGGUUGUGAGUUUGAGCCCCACAUUGGGUGUGGAGAUUACGUAAAAAUAAAAUCUUUUUAAAAAAAAAAGGAUAUCUUUAUAUUACUAAAUUAGACCCUGACAGAAAGCUUCCUUGCCUCCCAACGUAAAUGUAGAAGGUACUUUUAUAAAACAGAUGAUUUGGAGCUGAAAUUUCAUCUCACUCUUGUUGAACAGAGGGGACAACAUUACCAAGUCUGUAAUGGACUUCUUUUUUUUACAUAUUACUCAUGCAUUUUUUCACAGUAAGUUUCAACAGCCUGAGGAAAUAGGAAGUCUGGGAGGCUAUUUGUGUCCUUUACGUUUAAUAAUGAUGAUAGGAAAGAAAAGUCAGGCCAGUAAUCCAAAUAUGAAUAUGUGUACUGUAAAUGCUCAAGAAUUCACAAUUUUGUGAUGUUAUAUUAUGAAUAUAGAAGACUGGAUUUUGUAUAUUAAUAACAGUUUUAGAACAGAAUGAAGUUUGGAAAUAGAAUAGACUAACUUAUUAUAGUAAUAGUAUAAACGUAACAGUACACCUGAAUCAAUAAUGUCUUUCAAAAGUUAGAUGAUAUUCUGACGUACAUCUUGAUUACAUUGUCUGUAGUUGAAGAUUCUGAGUCAAGUACAGGACUUUCUAAAAGUGUUUGUUUUGGCAUGUUAUGCUGUCAAAAAUGACUAUGGUUUGAAAUGCCAAGUAACCAAUUUCUGACGAUUUUGUAUAGAACCUGAUAUGUAUGAGUCAGAAUUAUUCUGUAAUGAUUCUGUACCUUGUAACUUUGAACACUCGUAAAAAACAGUUAGUGUAAAUUUGUUUGCAUAUUUGAAUUUAAUCUUAAUUUAGGAAGUCUAAAAAUUAGCCAUUUUUGUAAAGUUCGUGUGCUAUUUUUUAAUGUUAUUUUUGCUUUUAGUAUUUGUAUAGUGGUAAUAUUACUAGCACCAGUAAAAGAUUUAUAGACAAAGCAUAGAACUAUUAACUAUUCAAAAGCCUAAAUUAUAGGCAUAUUUUGUAUUUCAUGUUGUACUUGUUUCAUAUUGGACUUUUUGCAUCCCUUUUACAGGAAAAAAACACAUUUGAAUUUUUUUGAGCGUAAAACACUACAUUGAAAAAUAUAACUAUAUUCGUAUGGUUAGCAAAACAUGCUUUGCCACCAAAGGCUAAAUGAAACUGUAAAAUACCUCCAGAUAUUUGCGCCAAUGAAUUUUUCUUAACAUAUUGGGAUUAAAGCAGAAAUAUUAUUUUCAGUAUUUUACAUCUAGGACUUAUAUUAAAUAUGUAAAUCUUCAAAACUUA